UAUCCAGGCAACGGCCGAACACAGCCGCGGACUGGACGCGGGCGCUGCCAACCUGAGGCCGGCGGGCUCCGACUGGGCCCUGGGCGGGCGGGAAGGACCUGGGCCAAGGCUGGGGCGCAGACGGGGACGGCAUGGAGGACGAGGAGGGGGAGGAGACCACCGCGUCCACGCUGCGGGGCAAGCCCAGGCCGCUGCCCGUCUCGGCGAUCUCCGCCUUCAGCUACAUCCCGCCGCGGCGCCUGGACCCCAAGGAGUACAGCUACUACUACCGCCAGGCGCGGACAGGAAUUAUUUCCCUCUACGACUGUGUUUUUAAGAGGCGCCUAGAUUAUGAUCAGAAGUUGCACCGAGAUGACAGAGAACACGCAAAAAGCCUGGGACUUCAUGUUAAUGAAGAGGAACAGGAGAGGCCGGUUGGUGUGCUGACGUCUUCUGUCUAUGGGAAGCGCAUCAAUCAGCCCAUUGAACCCCUAAACCGGGACUUCGGCCGUGCCAACCACAUACAGGCUGACUUCUACAGGAAGAAUGACAUCCCCAGCCUCAGGGCACCUGGCUUUGGGCACAUUGAUCCAGCCUGAAGCAUCCCUGUGACCCACAGGGCAUGUCACGAUAUCGCAUGGUCUGGCAAAGUUGUACAGUGAGAAGGUGGCAUCUGGAGCCUUCUUUCCCCUUCUCAUGACACCUAGGAGCUUGGCUAUGCCUGUGUUACAUCUCUACUGUGGGCACAUGAACACAUUAGCAGCCUCCCUCAGGCUGCCAUGGUCAGGAGCCUGAGCAAACACCUGUAGUACAUGUGAAGAGUCUCUAGUGGGAUGAUCUUCAGCUGGAAUUAUUUUUGAUCAAAUGAUACUGGAGACUGAUUCAUUGUGAGCACCUGAAUAAAAUGAAAACUUUGUUCCCCUUAGUAAUGGUUGAGUUGGUUUUUGUUCACUGGCUGUCUACAUUUGCCAGGAUUCUUUGGGGAGGCAGUCACAGGAGUCAGGUGCAGUUACAAAGUUUCCCAAGAGUUAUGGGAACUCCUGCUGCUUCAUAACACAGACAACCCUGACAUGUUCCCUCCUCCAAGAGGAGAUGUAAUGACAAUUGUCUGUUGGCACAAACUCUAGAAACUACAUUUUUGUUAUUCCAGAGGUCUGAACCACAAAUAACAGAUUUUUUUGCAACUGAGACUGGGAGCCCUAGUAAGGAUGGGUGGCCCUGUUAUCCUGGUGGCCAGCAGUGCUCACUGUCACCAUUCAGGGAGAGGGGCCAGUCAUGGGAAGAGACUUUGGUGUUCAACGAACUCGGGUAAAAUUCUGGCUGCUGUGUUUUCUAGAUUUGUGUUCUAGGACAAGUCAUGUCAUCUAUUUGAGCAGACAAGUCCUCAUCUUUAAAGUGGAAUUUCCAAACCUAGAAUAGUUCAUUUGGGAGUCAGUGAGCUGCUAGAUUGCAGGCAUAACAUGAGCGCAAUGUGCAUGUCCCGCCCAGGGUCCCAUCAUCACAGCAGUGACUUGACCUUAGACAGUCUUCUUUUGGGAUGCAGUUGCUUUUAACCUAAGCUGAAAAUACUUACUUUGGAGAUAAUUUGAAACUUACCCAAGUAUUAAGGUAUCAGCUACGUUUUUAAUGAAUGAAUCCCUUGGAAGAACUCAUCUCUCAUCUACCGUGAUUAAAUUUCCCACAGUUUAGCAGUGAAUGGGCAGGUGGUCUAAUUGAGUUCAAUGCUGAUUCCUCCAUCACUGGCUUUAUUGUUUCGAAUCUGCCAAGAGGAUUCUCUAAAAAUAAAUGACACUGAAUUGCCGGC